AUGUCUUCUGCAGCUCCGAGCCGCGAGGUGCUGGAGCGCCUUCGCUCCAAGGAGGAGCAGCUUUUCCUCAAAUGGAAUGUCGUGAUGAAACCCAGCGAGCUUCUGCGUGACAUUACUGCAAACCGUGAGAAUGCCCGUUCCCUCUUUCACGGUGUGAGACGCCAAGUCAGGGCCGUCCGCCGUCGUUCACAAGCCUCCCGUGAUGGCCAGGUCACAAUCUUUGACUUGGUUUUGGUUCGCCUCUUUGAGACUGGACACACCAUGCAGGACUAUGGACUCCUCGAGUUCUACCUCGCCGAAUUCCUGGGAACCAAAGACUGUGUCUCAACUGCCGAUGCAAACCGCAUCGUCGCUGCCCACCUUGCUGCUCAGCGUAUCCUGGACGAUGGUCCUAUCGAUGAGCUUCCCACCGUGAGGACUGCCAAUAUGCAAGACCAGGAGCAUGAGAGCACCCAGCAAAGUAUCUCUACCCGCUACUCUGAGGAAGCUAAGCCACCUUACCUCGACAAUUUGAUCAGAGUCUACGAGCGAGCCAAGGAUGACAACUACAAGGUCGGCGCUACCCACAGCCACAACGAACGUUCCAACAAUGUCCGCUUUCUCCGUGACACCGCCGAGAAUCUUCUCCGCUACCUUGAGGCCUUCAACCAGGAGCACGAGCUCAUUCCAGAGCUCGCCGAUAUCAUUAAGAGCAGCCAGGCCCGUGCCGAGGAGCUUGCCGGUGGCCGCAAACGCAAGUUCGAGCAUGAACGACGAUCACCCUCUAUGAGCCCUUGGCGUAACACUGGAUAUACCUAUGAGUACGACCACCGCACUGGCCGUGGCGGAUACGCCAAGGAUGGAUGGGACCACAGCCGUGUCUCUGAGAACUGGAACCGUGCCUUUGACUCUUACCGUCCCAGAUAUGCGCUGCACCGUCACUGA